AGGGGGCGGCCGAUCCAGCGGAUCCCUGGGGAGAGGCGGGGCCGGAUCCCGUGAUGGCGGUGCGGGUCCGGUUCCCCCCCGGCGCCGCCCCGGAGCCGCUCCCGGCUCAGCUCCUGCCCUGCCGCGUCCAGCACGACGGGCCCGCGCCCGUGGCCGCCUUCCUGCGGGCCCGGCCCGGCCCCGGCGGCGAGCUCUGGGCCUCGUUCCGGGGGCGCCGCCUGGGGGGCCGGGAGCUGCCGCUGCCCCCCGGCUACACGGGGGUCGUGCUGCGGGGGGGGGAGCCCGGAGAGCCCCCCCUGGGCGAGCCCGGGGACCCCCAGGCCGGGCGGGUGUCGGUGACCGGGACCUUCGGGGCCAUCACGGACUGGGGGGCGACGCCGCCCCCCGCCCCCGGCCGGGGCCUGGCCCGGGCCCUGCAGUGGGGACCCCUCGCCCGGGCCCUCCACGCCCCCGUGACCGAGGACAGCGACGAGGAGGUGGAGCCAUGACAGGCCACGCCCACCCAAGCCGUGCACAGAGGGGUGGAGCCUGUACAUGCCACGCCCCUCCCUGUGCCAUCAACGGACCCAGCCUGGCUGAGGCCACGCCCACAACUGGAACCACGCCUCAAAUGGGCAGAGCCUUUAAAACC